AUGGCUAAGAAGGUAACGAAGACGGCUGUCGAGGAGCCAAAGAAAGACGUGGAGGAAAAGGUGGAGACUAUCGAGGAAGAUGUUGUGGAUGUAGCGAGCUCACAGGACUCAGAAGAAUCUGAUGAAGACGAUAUCGAGGGGUUUUCCGAUGAGGAUGAAUCCAGUACGACACACAAGAUAAAGAAACUUGGCCCAAAGAAACGGAAUCAAAAAGAGGCCAAAGCCGAGAAGACAAACGAAUUAUCUGGGAUCAUUUAUGUAAGCAGACUACCCCAUGGUUUCCAUGAGCGUGAAUUGAGCAAGUACUUCUCGCAAUUUGGAGACUUGAAAGAAGUCAGACUCGCUCGUAACAAGAAGAAUGGUAACUCGAGGCAUUAUGGUUUUAUCGAAUUUGCCAACAAAGACGACGCUAAAGUCGCACACGAAACAAUGAACAACUACCUAAUUAUGGGCCAUCUAUUGCAAGUACGUGUGCUACCAAAGGGUGCCAAGAUAGACAAACUGUACAAGUAUAAGAAGAGAGCUUUUCAAGAGGCGCCGGUUAAGAAGACCAGUGACGAACUCAAGGAGAAAGCCAAGGCCAAGCACGACGAAAGAAUGCAACAGCUGCAGAAGGCAGGCAUCGAGUUCAGCUGGUGA